CGGGGAAGCAAGAGAUUACGAGAAGCCGCGCGCCGCUCAGUCAGGCAGUCUGUCCGCACCGGAGCGGGGAAAGCAACUGGCUGUCAACGAGACUGGAAUUCCGAAGAGAACUGGGGCGAGAGAAAUAAAAAGAAGGGAACAAGACGACGUCGCCACGGACAAGCGGAGUGCAAUGUCGGCCCUAAUCUCUCCUCCCCGCGAUUCGCCGGUUGGGAGAAACGGCGAGUACGAAGAGUUCGAAGGGCAGUUGCGGCGGAGGUUUGACGAGUCUCGGCGAGACGCGGAGCAGAUUGAGGAGCAUGGCGUCCAUCAGGGCACAGAGCCACCGGCGCCAGUCGACGACUGUGAGAAGCUGGGCACGCUGUUCGGAGAGCUCAACAAGUGCCUGAGACACCUCGGCUUUACUCAGAUGUACUUUGGAGAGAAGAUCAUUGAGCCGGUGGUGGUCGUGUUUUUCUGGGUGAUGCUCUGGUUUCUGGGGGUCCAAGCGCUGGCUUUGGUGACAGUUCUGUGCCUUGUGAUUAUUUAUAUACAGAAGUAGCAAACCCUCCCCUGAACUGGACUUGAACUGCGGCUAAGCUUCAAUGUAAAUAGAUGUACAUACAGAAUGUAACGUGACGGCGUCCACAAUCGACUCCUGCCUGCCCGCCUGCCUGCCACUGUCUUUACAAAGGGCACAGGGCGGCGCAAAUGUCACGAGGACCCAAGAACACCUUUGGAGUGUCUGCCGCUCCUCUGAUCCGAGGCAACAACGUGAGCAGACGUCAAAGGCUGAGCUGAAGAGCCCCCAGGGAGUCGAGGCCUCCAUUAGGGGGUGCCGUCUGACCAGGAGCUUUGUGUUUGCUCUCAUCGCGCGUCUCCAGUGCCUUCAUUACGCCACGGCGGGUGAUUUGCUUGAAGCUUAACUUUCUGGGUUUCACUCCAGCGGCCUUUCCCACCUUUCAGUGUCAUCGUCUAGGAAAAGCAAGUCCCCCAGAAUACAAAAGGGGGAUUAUAAGGAGACCUGGGCUCAUCCAGUGGAUCAGGACCACGGCCCACGGCUGGCUGGACACUUGUUAACGUUUAGCAAGAGAAGCAGAGACACGGGGAGUAGGUGGGCAGCGGGACUUGAGGGGCCCUCCGCGGUUGAAUGACGUGGACAGGACUGGUGGGCUCGGUUGAAACGGAACACAAAUGUGAUCAGUUAGUGGUGGGGUGUAGCGGAGGUCCACGGCUUGUUUUAAUUUCACAAACAGCAUUUCUGUGGCCUUCUAAUGAAAACGCAUUUCAAGGGUUACAAAGAGAGGCAAAUGGCGGAGCAGUCGGGCGUCUGUUUGGCCUCCUCGUGCCGACGGCUUCAGCGCGUGGCGUCCACCUCUGAGAUGGAAGGUCAGAGCCCAUCAGUUUGUUACUCGCUUGGCAGUGCCAGCCCUGAACCCACACGUUAAGGCAGGAAAGGCGCACCGGCGACUCCAUGGAGGUGUGGAACAGAGUGAGCCGACCACCCGUCCAGGUAAAGACCAGAAGACCAAAAUGUCACACAGAAUAAAGUCCUGUGAGUGCGAGGUGACAGCGUUCAGGCCCAAGUGGUGUAAAAGGACAAAUACGUUUAGAUAAAUCUCUACAGGGUGUGUGUGUGUGAAGUCUAUAACUAAGGUAGAUAUCUGUAUAUCGUGUAUCUGUUUUUCUAUCUGUCUCUCUAGUGAUACACGACAUGUGGGUCAUAUUAGUGUAGAAAUGUGUGUGUGUAGAUAUAGACGGUGUCUGAGGAGGUGACGUCACGCCUGCAGCUUUUCAUUCCCACCCAAUUCCCUCAUUAGGUGCCUAUCCUCGCCCGUCUCAGACUUGUUAGUCUGCAGUGCUGGGCUCUCAUGUCGUAGAUUUUCUCCGUCCUCGUGAUGCGCGGCCCAAAGCAGAUCAGUUUGAGUCUCGCGUUCUUCUCUUUAGUGUUUCAUUAAAGCAGACGGUGCAGGAAGGACACACACGUCACGUGGAGGAGUGCCGGCUGCUUUGUCAUUUGGGUCGUAUUGCUGUGAAUGUGACGACUGAAAUAAGGUGUCCCCACCCCUCCGUGCUUAACAAGUGAGACCACUGAAGUGAAGCCUCAAAAUGUCACCUGAGCAGUAAGAGCUUCAUCACUGAUGAUUGACUUCUUGUUAAGAAACUGAGUUGGAACAAAAACCUGUGGCCCACCCUGGCAUAUAAUCAUGUAUACUACCUGUGCUGCCCAUCUGAGACGGGUUGAAAGCAAAGUAAUUGACACAGACCACAGAGUUAAUGUUUGCAGUGCACCAUCUGUUGGAAUAUAUUUGUCGUAUGUAAUAGUAUGCCUGCCCUGCAUUUUGCACCACAACCAUUAAGACUGUUUUUGUGAAUCCCAUACCAAAUAGCAUUUGUCAUUCCAACAGCUGGCACAAGACCAACAUUCAUACUGCCUUUAUGAAAAUACCAACCCCGCCGGCGCCAAAUGGCUUAUAACAGAGACAUGCUUUGCAUUUGUCAUUCCAACAGAUGGUGCAUUACAGACAUUACAACUCCUGCCUCUUGUGAAACGGGACGUUGAUUUAACGGCUAUAAAGUGGCCGAGUGGUGGACUGGCAUCACAUCCAGCCUUGGUGCCCCGUAUUAUGGAGAAGGUGCCAUCUGAUAAUGAAGAGAUGUGGCAGGGUGCGUCGUCCAACAAGCCGACAACUGAAUGGACCGAGUGGGUCUUCAGUGGUAGGACGGGCAAAAUAAUUGAGUUUUUAGUAUAAAACCUUUUUUUUUUGGUAUGUUUUAUUAUUUCCAGCUCCCUCUGCUAAGACAGGUUGAAACUGAAAUAAUCAGUGAAGACCACCGCGUUCCUGUUUGCAUCUGUUGAAAUGCGGUUUGUAAUGUAUGUCAUUGUUUGUCACUCCAACAGGGGGCGCUUCACAGACACUUGUAGUAAUAAAAUGCGUUUGAUGGAUUUUACUUUUAGUUGUCCUCAAAGAGAAAGCUGAAAACAGCUAAACACACACAGGGUGGGCACAGAUAAGAAUCCCCCUUAAGAUAUAUUCACAUUUUGUUGCUUUAUAAUCUAAAAUGAAAACACGCACACUUUUUUUUUUUUUUUUUCCAGCUUGAUUUACUUGAAGCAACCAAUGACAUCCACGGCAAAGAUAAAUAAGCCACACAAAGUGAAGAUUUCCUGAGGGGGAUUCUCAUCUCUGCCCACCCCGUAUGCGUGUGUGUGUUAAUCUAAAACAAGACCACUAACACACACACACGUGCGCGGGGUGCACAUUUUGUAUUUCGAGUCGUACGUUAAUCCCAGCCGCUCGGUUUCUCUUCUGCUCGGAUCAAUGAGGGGUUUGAUUUGGCCGAGCGGAUGAACGUCACGGCCCCUUGUGACCCCCGCGUCACUCAGUACGUCACUCGGCUCGCUUUACUGGUUUUGGGUCAUUUCCUGUUAACGGGUGGAGAGUUGCAUUCGAUUAAACGCUAAAGCUCUGGAAUAUUCUGAAGAAACGCAACUCGUCAGAACCAAAUCAGAAAUUGCACUUUUACUUUGAGAUGACAACACGGAGGUGGAAAGCAAAGCGGCGUCCCAGGAAUUGUGCAACGUGCGCCACACGAUUGUCUUUACGGGCCUUUCAUUUUUUUUGUAUCAAUUUUUGAAAUGCUAAUAUUUUCCAUACAUUGAGUUUGAAUGUCGAGUUCUUACAGAUGUCACUGAGAUAAGCAAAGUUGCUAUUAAUAAAAAAAUCAAAAGCA